UCUCUAUUGACAGGUAAGCAUCAGCUGUCCCAGUGUCAUGUCGUAUUAUCGUUUACAUAAUAUUACAUAGUUGUCUAGUACCACAAUACUACAUAGUACAUUGGCGCAUAGAAAAUAAAUACCACACAACCACAUAGUACAUACACCGUCUAUAGGGCAUAGACUUUUAGCAGACCGGCCGAACGUGUAGAAAAUACUUAAAGUAUUUGGUUAAUUAGCACUGCUCGUCAGACACCACUGAUAGUAAUCAGUGACUUGAGUUAGCAGUGGUCAGUGGACACUGGCCAGUGAGCUGUUCCGCCGUUCCGGGCAUAGAAUAAGAUACCGGGUAUCCGGGCACCGUUGUCCGUUGUGCCCAUGAGGUGUUUUAAUAGUUAAAUAUUAUUAAGUACUCGACAAAAGGAUGGCCAAUCGAACGGUAAAAGAUGCAAAAACCAUUCACGGGACAAAUCCUCAGUAUUUGAUAGAAAAGAUCAUCCGGUCUCGUAUUUACGACAAUAAGUUCUGGAAAGAAGAAUGCUUUGCUUUGUCUGCCGAGUUAUUGGUGGACAAGGCCAUGUUAAUGCGAUUUAUAGGUGGAGUAUUUGGAGGUAAUAUCAAACCCACACCUUUCUUGUGUUUGACGUUGAAGAUGUUACAAAUACAACCAGAAAAAGACAUCAUUGUGGAGUUCAUAAAAAAUGAAGAAUUCAAAUAUGUCCGCGCGCUUGGGGCAUUUUAUAUGCGUUUGACAGGCUCGUCAGUGGAUUGUUAUAAAUAUCUGGAACCAUUGUUGGCAGACAGUCGUAAGUUAAGAAGACAAAAUCGGGAUGGCCAGUUCGAGCUUAUAUACAUUGAUGAAUUUAUUGACUCACUGCUACGAGACGAACGUGUUUGUGACGUUAUAUUACCACGUAUACAAAGCAGACAUGUACUGGAAGAAAAUAAUGAGUUAGAACCCAAAGUUUCUAUACUUGAAGAGGACAUAGAAGAAGGUGUUGAAUCAUCAGAUGAAGAGGAGCCUACAGAUAAAAGAAGAGAAAAGGAACACAGGAAUAAACAUUCCCCUGUGAAAGAAAAAAGAAGAGACAGAGAGCGUGAUAAGAGGAAUAGAGAUAGAGAUCGAGAUCGAAGAGAUCGUGAUAGGGGCGAUAGAAGAGAUAGAGACCGACAUAGAAGGAGUAGAAGUCAUGAUCGAGAACGAUCAAGAAGACAUAGGUCAAGAUCACCUUAUAGAAAAUAAAACAACACUUUUCAAUUGUAAAUACAUGUAUAUUUUUUUUCAACAAAUAAAUAAUUUGAAUUCAAUCAAAA